CUCCGCCUAAGAUUGACAGCAACUUUAGUUGCUUCAUUUGGAGGAAACUUUAAUGAAAGGCAACUUUUUUACGGGACCGCUGCAGCGUUGUCACCCUGAAGAACAAAACACACUACUAGGACGGUGGAGAUUAAACGGGUGGUAUUUUCCUAAUCCUGUCGGGCAAGUUUCAGCAAUGCCAGACGUUGAACCGCUCAGAUUCCCAUCGAGGGAAGGACGACCUAGUCAGCAAGGUGGCCAUUUACCUGGGGAUCAAAAACUGUAAUGAAGGGGAUCUCUCAACUACCCCAAACAUUAUGAUCCUGUCCUUAAAAAGGUGCCAGGCAACACCAGUGGACUCUUCCUUUCAGUGGACUCUUUAUCCAGGGCUGGUCCUCAACCUGCAAAGUUUAGUGAAACUGAUAGAUUGUUUGGGCACAGAGAAGAACAAUCCACCCAUAGUCCUCCAUCUUUUAAAUCCAACGACAGCAGAAUGUUGGCCAGUUAAAUCAAGCAGAUCUUCAAGCUGUCUGUUCUGGUAGACGUCGCACUUGUGUUUUGCUCAACAGUCCCUCACCAUGUGUCGACAAUGCUAUUUACCAUAUCCAAGAGCUGAAGAUGACAGUGGAAAAUUGGUGUCAACAGUCGGGAAAAUAUGAGCCACCAGUCGAUCAGGACAAGCACCAAUACAGCAACAUUUUAAGAUUUCAUUCCAGCGACUUAGAUACUGAAUCAGUGACGUCCACAGAGUUGUUUGUCGAAGGCGUUGGAAUUAGUGCAAGAGAAAGUUGCCCAUUAUCGCCACUAGUGAAGAAAAUAAAUGAUGUCCUCGGAGAGGUUGUGUAUCUGAUUGAGCGGCUGGAGGCUGAUCGGCAGUAUGUGGAGGAAGCACUCCAAAAAGAGAAGAGAAGAAAAAGAUUUUUGGAGAACAAAGUUGACAGCAUCUCACUGUGGAAGCAACAAGAGCACUCUUUUGUAGUCCAAAAAGAGCACGAGGCUUGCAUUAGAGACAUCACUGAACUGAAGUGGCAGCUAAAAUUGGAAAGAGAGAAACUUGACCAAGCCCAGGAGAAACUGUCACAGACUGAGAUGUUGAACCAGCACUUACAUGAGGACAUCAGCUUUGCCAAAAAACAAGUUCCCAUAGUGAAAGAAAACCUGGACCUCCAGAGAGGAAUCAUAAAUCAAAUCAACACUGCACAAGCUGAGGCUUAUGAAGUACAUUCAAAAACACGAAGUCAUCUCAUACUGGUUCAGAGGGAGUUAAAAGAUAUGGCGCUGGACGCAGACAAUGAAAAGAUGUCAAUGGAUGCUGUACAGAUGGGGAUGAAGAAUAAGCUUGCUAUCAGGUUGGAAGAUUUAAACCAGUUGAAGAAGCUGGAGAAAGGAGUUUGUGCUGAAAUAAAGAAUGCUGAAAAGACAGUUGCUCUUACUGAAGAAAAGUGCGCAGCCACCACAAAACGUAUCUCUGAAAUGAUGGAGCUUGAGAAAACUGAAAGAAACUGGAUUUUGCAAUUGAAAUUUCAAAUUGAAGAUGAAAUGCGAAAUAACAAUACAUUAAAAGAGAAACUACUUGCACUGCAAGAAGACAUUGAGAAAACUAGACUUAAUGGGGAAGCAGAGGUUUCCUGCAUAGAAGAGCAGCUCUGUUCCAAACGUAAUGCUUUUUUAGCUCUUCGCAAAGAAAACAUGGAGUAUGAACAGAAUAUAGAAGACUACAAGAUAAAACUUUCUGAGAGCAAAAAAGCGGUGAAGCUGAUGCAUGAAGAGAGGAAGCAGAUGCUCCAGAAAAUCAUUGACAAUGACGAGCAGUGGGAAAAGGCCAAGGAGGAAGUGACCGAAGUUGUAGCCCAGCACAGUGUCACCCAGACUAAACUGGAGGAGCAGGAACAGCUCACCUUCAUGGAAGAACAGAGGGCCAGGAAAGAGAUUGAAGACCUGAAGAAAGAUCUGACAGGUCAGAUGACUGCCCUGGAACUACUAAAGGGUCAGUGUGCAAAUAUAAACGAAGAGUUGUAUCGACAGCAAAGGAGCUCAGAGAUAACUAACCAAAAACUUCAUAAAGAAUUUGAAGAUGCAUCCUCAGCAACAAAAGCGCUGGAGACCAAAAUUGAGAAAAUCAAGAAAAUGGCAGAACAUUUGGAAAAGAUUCAGUCUGAACACAGGAACACAUUAGUCAACUUUGAGAAGGAGAAAAAACUAAAGUCUGACAAGCUGAAAGCUGCUCAGGAUUUACACAGUGCCAUUAUAAAGAGACAUGACAACACCCUGGGCAGGAUCAGUGACCUUAUGAAGAAGAGUGAAGAAUACCGAGAUGCUUCAGAUAAAAUGGAAAAGAUAGUUGAAAACAUGCCAGAAUUCAUAGCAGAGCUUCAAAGUGUUUUUGAUGUGGUGGAAUUCAAAAACAAAUCAGCUGCUCUCAUAAUGAGCACCUUGCAGUCUGAUAUUAAUAACUGCCAACAACGAACACAGCGAUCCAUGCAGACACACACUGCUCAUUUUGCAGCAAGAAAAAAACAAAUGGAAGACACCAAGGAAGCACUAAAAAUUGCGCUGAAGGAGAACAAACAGCUGGCAGAUGAGUACAAAGGUCUUAAGAAGAUCCUCAUGGAGGCCAAACAGGAAACAGUGUCCGCAAUGAGCGAGAAAAACCACACACAUAAAUCUUUUCAUUAUUACACACAGCUCUCUUUGUUGCAGAAGAGGAUGCACAAAGCUUUGGUGAAAUACUUCAAACAACGCAGCCUCUACAGCCAGGCUGAACUGGACCGGUGCCAGGCUCUUUCUCGAGAGACCGACCAGAAAAUAAAAACAGCCCAGGUAUUCUACCGGAUAGAAGCGUAUUCUUUUGCAUACUACAGUGACUCCAUGUUAUGCUUGGCAUUGUUUGAGCCUCAUCCGGCUAGUCAGUUGCCUUGUGUCUUCUUUGCCAAGCAGGGGCAGCCAGGCAAACAUCCACCAAGGCUUUGUGCCUCACUCCUAUGGAGCGGUUGUCAGACGAAAUUCAGCUCAUCUCUGCGUUCCUGCAAACCUUGACAGAUGACUCUACUACCACUGAUGAUGUCGGGGUGAACAAACAAGCCAGUCCAGAUGCCGCUGGAUCGAAUGAGUAGAUGCCUUCAGUUCAAAUAGCAGUGUAAUUGGACAUUCACCUGUACCAGACAACUUACUUACCCUAGCACGCUUCACUAUUCCCCCCUCUUUACUUGCAGCAGAUCCAUAACAAUGAAACAGGUGACUUUCAUGCUGCUGUCAGGACUGAUCUAAUUUUAGCUGGGUGAAUGAUUGCAAUUGGCUUUGCCUCAUCAGAUAAUUAAUCUAUGUCACCAUUAAUUGGAAAAGAGAAUAAUUACAGGCAGUGUUGACAGAAAUUCUACGCUUCUCCAGAUUCCAAGAUCUAAUUACAACUAGUGAAACCCUGUGACCUUAACUAGCACUUAGUACACCGUGGCCACCUUGACCAUGCCCAUGUGAGGACCACUGUCUCCUGAAAGACCCCGUAUUUGUUAUCGCACCCCAGCACUCUUUCACUCGCUUCACUCUCUGAAAGCUGUCUCCCUCAAUCACUUUUCAAUAUUCAAUCUUAAUUUUGUGGAAGUUUAGCAUUUUCAAUGAGCUGGAGAUGAAUGAUUAAUGAAUAAAUUUAAAUGCUUCA